UGUAAAUAUUUCAUCGAAACUUUGGUUUCAGACAAGAUAUAUUUUUAUAUAAAUAAAAGUCAAUACUUUUAAAGAUGUAAAACUGUCGUACAUGUCACCACCGAAGAACUAGAAGUUGAGUUUGAGUCAAAUGGCGGAAUUGGGACGGAUUUAUCUCCAAGAUUGAGGUUGAGAAGAGGUUUAAGGAGAUGUAGGAGCUGGGCUUGAUAUCAUGAGCUUGCGAUGGAUCCUUCUUUUGAUGAUAAUUGCACUCUCAUGUCAGGCGUUACAUCCAAGGCCGUAUAUUUUGUUCGCCAACAGGAAGGAUAUCCGUUUAAUGGAAGUGAAAGACAACCAGAGAAAAGUUGCAACCAAUAUCAUCGUAAAGAAUUUAGAAGACGCCGCAGCUCUAGACUACUUCCUGGAGUUAAACCAGGUGUGCUGGUCAGAGAUCAACAGAGAGGUGAUCAGAUGUGCGGAAAUAGAUCCUAGAUCCCGGGGUAAGGUUGCGAAGAGAGAUAUUGUCUCAACAGGACUUAUUAAACCUGAAGGUCUGGCCUGUGAUUGGAUUAACAACAAGAUCUACUGGACUGACAGUGAUACUAAGCGAAUUGAGGUUGCCGGGUUAUCAGGACUGGAUAAGGAUCGAACCGUCCUGGUAUGGGAUAACUUGGAUCUACCCAGAGCUAUUUCUGUCGAUCCUAUCUCCGGGUUCAUGUUUUGGUCUGAUUGGGGCGAAUAUCCAAAGAUAGAAAAAUGUGGUAUGAACGGAGACCCUGAGACAAGAAAGAUUCUAGUGGAUAAUGACCUGGUCUGGCCCAACGGGAUCACCCUGGACUAUGUAGAAAAGAGAGUGUACUGGGUAGAAGCACAACUCUCCUAUAUCGCCAGCGUAGAUUGGGAGGGAAAUAACAGAAAAACUGUUUAUAUCGGAGACAGGAUCAACCUUCCUCAACCCUUUGCAAUUAGUUUAUUUUCCGAUGUUCUGUAUUGGACGGACUGGGAUACAAACUCUCUUCAUCUCUACAAUCAGUCGGAGAACGUUGCUUCCAAGCUCAAAAUAAAGGGAAACCUUUCUCCCAUGGACGUCAGAGUAUUUGAACCAACAAGACAACCGCCCGGCGAUUCUCCAUGUCGUGUCAAUAACGGCGGUUGUUCUCAUAUUUGUUUGGCAGCUCCUUAUAAUCCAAGAUUCUCUUGUAAAUGUCCAACCGGACUAAAGAUGAUUGAUUCUACAACAUGUGCAGACUCCAGUAGUGAAAUAUUAUUGCUGGCAGCUAGAGAAUAUAUUAUUAAAGUAUCCUUGGAUACUCCGGACUAUACAGACAUUCUUAUUCCUUUAAAAUCUGUGGUGAACUCUAUAGCUAUUGACUACGAUCCUACCUCGAACCGAGUGUUCUGGACCGAUCUUGCAGACGAUCAAAAACAAGCUAUCAGAAGCGCAAAACUUGACGGAACUAACGAGACGAACGUUGUUGUGAGCGACGUCAAUCACCCAGACGGUGUGGCGGUUGACUGGGUGGCCGGGAACCUGUUCUGGACGGACAGUGGAACGGAUAGAAUUGAAAUCUCCAGGUUGGAUGGUUCCAGCAGAAGGGUUCUAAUCUCCGAGGAUCUAGAUGAACCUAGAAGUAUUGUACUAGACCCUAUUAACGGUUGGAUAUUUUGGAGUGACUGGGGCAAACAGCCGAGGAUUGAACGAGCCUGGAUGGACGGCCGAAGUCGGGAGGUUGUUGUAAACACUGAGUUAGUUUGGCCAAACGGUAUUGCUCUCGAUAUCGCUAGAAAGAAGUUGUAUUGGUGUGAUGCUAAGAUGGAUAGAAUUGAGAUGGCCAACAUGGAUGGAACUGAAAGAUCUGUGAUCAUAGAUAGAGAUCUCCCUCAUCCAUUUGGGUUCACUCUCCUUGGGUCUAAAAUCUACUGGACGGAUUGGCAGGAUCGGAAUAUCCAAAGUGCAAACAAGGUAAACGGGAAGGAUCGGAGAAUUCUUGUUUCACACCUAGAUGAUCUCAUGGGAUUAAAAGCUGUGUCAACUAAGCCUGAUCACCAGAUUUCAAAUCCUUGUAGUUUAAAAAAGUGUUCCCAUCUGUGUUUAAUGACGCCGGAGGGAGCAAUCUGCUCCUGUCCUAACGGAUACGAGUUGACAGCUGACAAUCGAUCUUGUGUUGUUCCUGAAGCGUUCUUGUUGUAUACAAGGCGAGAUGAUAUUCGGAGAAUCAGUGUUGAAACCCCGAACACUAAUAUUCUCAUCCCUGUGAAGGGAGUAGAAGAGGCGAGUGCUUUAGAUUAUGAUCUGGAGAACGGAAUGAUCUACUGGAGUGAUAUAAAAUCCAAGACAAUAUCAAGAGCGUUCUUGAACGGCUCCAAUCAGGAGAUGAUUGUAGAGUUCGGAUUGGAUUUCCCAGAAGGAUUAGCUGUGGACUGGAUCUCGGGUAACCUUUACUGGGCGGAUGCCGGAGUAGGACGGAUCGAGGUUGCAAGGUUGGACGGAUCCAAUCGGAGAGUUCUUCUCUGGGAGAAUAUAGACAAUCCCAAGAAUAUUGUGGUUGAUCCUGAACACGGAGUUAUGUACUGGUCAACCUGGGGACAGAUUCCUUUAAUAGAGAUAUCUCUCCUGGAUGGUUCGGAGAGAAGGAACCUGGUGGAAGGGGAGGGGAGACCGACAGGAUUAACUAUAGACACAUCUAACCAGAGAUUGUACUGGGCGGAUCAGGUGUCGGAGCAACUCAAGGUUCUUGAUCUUCUCUCUCCUUUAGGUAAAAUAUCCGUUCUUGUAUCUGAGGGUCAACCCUAUGCUCUGACCGCCUUCAAGAACCAUCUUUACUGGACGGAUUGGAAACUCCAGACUAUAUCCAAAUUAGACCUGGAGAACCCCGAAACCACCACGAUCGUCCACACCGGUGUAGAUUACGUCAUGGAUAUCCUAGCCUACCAUCUCACUUCUUCUAUCCCGGAAUCCGGUUGUAAGAUGAAGAACUGCUCCGGGUUGUGUAUAGGGAAGGUUGUGGAGAAGAAGCUGGACGGGUUCUGCUCCUGUCCGUCCCACUACACCCUGGCAGGAGACGGAGUUUCAUGUAUUGGACCUCAAUCCUUCCUGCUCUUCAGUCAACGAAACAAAAUCUCCCGACUUCUUAUUGAUCCCAAGCAUCCUGAGGAAGUUCCUGAUAUCGUUCUGCCGAUCAAACGUGCACGAUCAAUUCAAUCAAUUGAUUACAAUCCACUGGAUGAGAUGAUUUACUGGAUUGAUCAAGGAAAAAGAGAACAGCCCUCUAGACAGAUAAUCAGAAGAUCCAGGGAUACCGGAGAAACAGAUCGUCUGGGAUUGUUCGAUAAAGCUGAUAAAUUCGUCCCGUAUGAUAUAGUGAUUGAUCCUUAUACUCAGCUCUUAUAUUGGACUUGUGAGCAUACAAACUCCAUUAACGUGACAAGGUUGGUUGGAUCUGAUUUAACACCACUUGGACCUUUAUUUGUUGGCGGGGGAAGCAGUUACCCUCGACUCCUAGCAAUCAAUCCUCGUAAACAGCUUCUGUUCGUAUCCAUGUCCGGGGAAUCUGCUGGGGAAGCCAGGAUUGAUAUGUUCUCCCUGAUUUCAGGAGAACAAACUCAAUUGGUUAAUUCGUCCUUGAUUGAUGUGACCGCCCUUGCUGUUGAUCUUGAUACUAAUCAAGUUUUCUGGGCGGACAGAGGUUCCAAGAAACUUGAGAGGAUCAGUGUACAGGAUAUGCAGAGAAGAGAUCUAAUUACAGAAGGGAUUGUGGAGCCCGUGGGUCUAGCUGUUCAGGGAAGCUGGUUGUAUUGGGCAGAUAGGGAUCAGGCUAGUAUUGUCCGGGUUGAUAAAAUUACGGGCACUUCGCGUCAAACCAUUCUUAGCAGAGUAGCUCGACUCUCUGCCCUUGUAGCAGUAUCUCACAUUCCCGGAGAGAUACUGAAAUCCCAUCCCUGUCAUGAUCAUGAUGAACAUGGCUGUUCUCAUUUCUGUUUCCUAGGAUCAGAGAACAAGGUUAAAUGCUCCUGUCCUGUUGGUUUAGCUCUACUAGAUGAUCAGAAAACCUGCGGAUCUCCCUCCUGUAAACCCAACGAGUUCACAUGCAGUGGUAAAGGUCCAUCUGGAGAAGGAACGAUGUGUAUCCCUAUGACCUGGAGAUGUGACGGUCAACCUGAGUGCGGAGAUAGAUCUGAUGAGUUGAACUGUCCUGAGUGCGGACCUACUCAAUUUAGAUGUCAGCGAGGACAAUGUAUCUCCAGUCUGAAAGUCUGUGAUGGAACUAUUGACUGUGAGGACAGCUCUGAUGAGAAGAUGUGUUGUGGUGAGGAGGAGUUCCAAUGUGCUGUAACCAAGAAGUGUAUCCGGAGAAAUAAAGUUUGUGACGGAGAAGCGGAUUGUGGAGACUCCAGUGAUGAACUGCCCCCUGAGUGUGAACCCAACGGUCUACCUCAUGUUGGAACAGGAAGUGAGGCAGCAACCGCUGCAACUUCUACCUAUCUGAUAGCAAUCUUUGCCGCACUCAUUUCUAUGUUUGUUAUAAGUUUGCUAGUUUACUACUGUAAGAGAAGAGCUGGAGCUAAUACCAGUGCUGAGGAUCAGGACGCAACAUGUCCUCUGGCCUCUAGACCUAGUGGAGAUAUUGCUGGAACUCUGCCGAUGGACCGAGGACGAGGGUUGGGUUCGGAACCAUGUUUAAACUCCGGAGCAAGUGUUAUGUCUCCCGUUGAUGGAAGUAGCAAUGGUUUGCUUUAUGAUAGGAGUCAUGUAACGGGAGCUAGUAGUACUGCAGGUACUAGUAGUAGUGGCAACUAUCCAGGACAUGGUCCUCCCCCUUCACCCGCUACUAGUAUAGGAACCCGGCUUUCUAAGGCAGGUUAUCCCCGCCACAACGGUGGAAAACGUUCUAGCUCCGCCUUCAAUGCUGGAUUACCAACAGGAUAUAGGUUUUAUAAUAGCAGGGGCGGAGCUCCUCCGUGUACUCCCUGCAGUACGGAUAUUAAUGAUGAAUCCGAUAGUUUAGCUUACUCUGCGCUACCUCAUAGACCUCAUUUUACUUCAAGAGCAGGUUCAGUGGUUCAUUCACGGACAGGUUACGACAGUGAAACAUACUGCAUUGAUGAAAUGCAAUACAGUGUACAAGAACUUCCGUCCUUACAGGAGCGGGGUAGAUAUGCUCCUCCUCCCUCAACUCCUCUUUACUUGUCAGAUUACGGAGACCCAGAGACAUCUUGUCCUCCGUCACCGAACACGGAGAGAUCAUUCUUCCUAAACCCUUGUCUUCCGGGUCCUCCGCCCAGUCCUGUUCCUUCUCCAACACUCAAUCAAUCCUUAGAGGAAGAUUUGUAGCACAAUCCAACCCUCACUCACAAAGGAAAACACAAAAAGUAAAUAUUUCUCGAUUGAAAAAAUGCGCCAAAGGUGGUCCAGGACCAGUUUUAUUUGGUGGAUUUUCAUGUUCUGUUAAUUGUAAAUCUGAGCUUCCAUGCUAAAUGUGAUUUUGAUAAAAAUGUUUAUUGCCAUUCUUCUUGUGCCAAUAUCACGUCGAAAAGUAUUUUAGACUAGAUGCAAUAGCAAAAUUAUCUAUAUAAUAUAUAAAUAUAUAUUUUGUAAAUAUU